AUGAUUUUUUUUUCUUUUGAACAGCCGCAGAUCAGUGGAUCCGAGCGUAGUAGAGGUGGAAUUAAAUUGUGGCUUUACAAUCCUUACAAACGCGCAGCAGGAGAGCAUCUGACAGUCUCUUUUUCCAACUCAGCAAAAACCGUUUCACAAUUCAAUAUCAACCUAAACUUCAAGGUAUUUAUGAAUUUAUCCUUUCCCCAAUGACUGUGGCAAUUUGCUCCAAAAUGAAAAUCAAUGAAAAGUAAUCGUUCUUUCAAAAGAAUGAUUUACUCUUUGUGUUUUUGUAAGUUGUGUCCCGUCCAAAAAAUGUAAGUAUUCAUUUAACUAUUCAUUCAUUUACUUCUAAGAAUAUAACUAUUACCGAUCGGUGAAAAUUUAUUAUGGCGAUGACAAAGACAACUGUUUUGUAUUUAAAUGGUUCUAGGGCUGGCGUGCAGUGUGGGUUAGUUACGAUGAAGGUCUUUUGAAUGGUCGAGCUAACAUGGACUCCAUGAAGAUAACUGCUCCAACAACUUCAGAGACCACUCAUCCAUUGUACUUUGAUCUUAUUCGAUUGGUCGGAAACUUAGCCAGGCAGUCACGUGAUAAGGUUGUUCCAACACUCGACCCAGACAUGUACAGUCCAAAUAAUUUCUGGCAGCAAACGUACCGAUGGAGUCAGGUUAGUUUUGUUUAUUCAGUGCUUCUUUUAUUUAAGCUUUGUCAUUGUAUCAUUGUAUCUGUCUUUCAUGCAAGCAAAUUUACUGCUCGAGAAAUAGAGAUAGAGCCGAGAUAAAGAGCGCAAGAGGUUAGGGCAAGGCGGUUAAGUAGUUAUAAACUACUUUUGCUUUUCAAAACUGUUUCUUUCCAUCUUAUGUGCUCUUGUAAUUCGCGAGGGAACGAGAAUGAGAUAUCAUAAUGAACACAAAAAGACUACGUAAAAAGAAAACCUGGUCGCUAAAGAGGAGCGGCCUGUGGGUUAGCCUGGUUGCCUGUGAAGAUUUAACGAUAUCUUUAACACGAAACAUUUUGCAUCACUAGGCCACUCCAACAGCUAUAGACACUGGCACAACUCCCAGUAUGGAACAAAUAUCUAACCUGACCUUGAUCGAGAAGAGAUUGGACAACUGGUUCGUGAAGCAGUCACAGGCCUCAGUUAAUUUUACAGGAAACGUACAGAAACGAUGGAAUUCGCUUCAAGGCGACGUGAACGAUGCACUCACAAAGUUUGCUUCACUGAAUGUUGUCAACAAUACAGAUGGUAUUAUCACAGGUAAGAUCUAAAGUAAAGCUGCAAAAUAUGCCCGCCAGCGAACUUAUCUGAAGCAAAUCAUGAUCCAUUCAAAUAAGAAAAUUCCUACUAAUUGAAUACUUUACACUAACUAUAAGACUAUAACUGGUGAAGACUCUCGUAAUCCACACUGUAGGCACCCCGCUCUAUUCUGACGAAUCGGAAUAUGACGACGAAAAAUUUGGUUAUGUCGUGGAGAAAGUUCUUCUUCCGCUGGCGCUGGAUUAUCACGUGAGAUCAAGAACCAAUGACGUGGACGCUGUAGCCUCUGCAGAGAUGGCCAACUUGAAUGGAGAUACCAGCGUUUUUAACGCAGCUGUUAAGGUAUGAAGAGUUCGGUGGAGGUACUUCCAACAGGUGACAUGAAAACAUGUCAACAUGACAUAGAGGUGCUUUUAAAAGUUUGAAAAACAAACAGACAACAAAACGAAACAUCAAAAUGACAUCAUUCCGGUUGGAAAUCUUCUCCAUUUCCGUCUCCACAUAUUUUUUAGCUCUUAUAUUAGUGAUUGUGACCCUUCAUUUUAACCUCAGGUCUUUCGAAAACAUUUUUUUUUUGCAAUCUUGGUUCAUCGAAGAGUUGUUGGGUAAAACAGUCUAUAUUUGAAUCCUGACAACAUAUCAAGACAUGUUUAUACCCGUUUUAAAAGGAACUCUUAGAAUUAAACACGAGCAAACAUGUGGUCUAUAGUAAUGAGACGAACAAUUAGGAUUGAAUGUUAUGAACUUAUUUCAGAGGAUAGCAGGUGGCAAUUCAGGUGAGCAACAGACCUUUACUACCGCUUUGGGUUCAACGACGCCAUAUUCUGCGAUAAAAGUCAAGGAAGCCAUCAGUACUCUUAACAACAAGCGGAAACAACGAUUGAUGCUUCUUCUUGAUUAUAUUGAGGAUCAAGGUUGGUUGGUUUGAAAAAGCAGAAAUGUUCCUUACAUUACAAAGUUAUUUUUUGAGUGAUUACUUGUUUUGGUUUUAAGCAAUAUAUUUUUUCUACAUACAGUAUACAAUUUACGCCACUAGAAAGAAGUUAUAAUUUAGCAACUGGUCAGAACUGCAAGAUAUCUUCAGUUGAAGUAAAAUCUUAUCAAAAUUUAGAGUUUUGGGAUCUGUUAUCAAGGAGUGAAUUAAUUAAUGGUUCAAUUUUCAAGUGUUUGAGAAUCGUUUUUUUUUUCGUUACACUUUAAAUAAGUAAAAACAUUAACAUGGCAGGAUGACUACAGGAAAAAGACAGUCCUACAUAUCGCUUUACAUAUUUUCUAAGAUACACGAAACGCACAAAACAAGUCUCACUUGUAACCACUACCUCUUGCAAGUGCAAGUUUAAAGGCUAUACAACAUAAGAAAAUAGUCUUUUCUGGGAACACAACAACAUAACAUCUGAAUCAUCAUGCUUACUUCACACAUAUAUAGAACACAAGCACUUCCAAAAAAAGAACCACUAACUUCAAAACAGUUACCUGCACGACCAAAGGGUUAUCUUAUCCACCACUUCACUACAUAAACGUAUAUCCACACUUUUCCUCCUAUAAAGUGUUUCAUGGGUAAACAUUAUUUUUUUUACGAGUAAGGUUUUACUGAGGGCAGUGCAAUUGGAUCCUUGGACCACGAAAUGAACAAUGCAGGAGCGGGUUACAUGAAUUCAGUGUAUUUAUUGAAGGAAGUUCUGCAAGAAGCAGGAAAAAAGGAGAAUUAUGUCGCGACUAUGAAGUGGUACAAUGACUUUGGAGAAGUAUAUCAAGAUCCAUUUGAGUACGCUGGAACAACUGCUGAUCGAAUGAGAACCAUUUCAUUUUGGCGGUAGGUUACAAGCUAGGUUUUGCCUUCCUCUCCUCUAACACAAAUCAGCCUUGAUGCCUUCGGCCGAUAUUUUUACAGGGCAUUCACAGUACAAUUUUUAUACUUAUGAAGAAUCACACACAUCUUGCUGAUCCAAGUACAGUAAAAGCCAGUAACUGCCCCACCCAAGGUCCAUGAACUGGUGACGUAUUGUCUCCGUAGAGAUUCCACUUUUACUUUCCAUCCACAACAGUAUCCGCGCUUUUUCACCAAGAAAUUGAAACCUGCUUUACGUUCUGAGAUAGAACAAACAUGGAAAUUAUUUGGCCAUGUUAUGGUUUACUGACAACAAGCCGAAUUGUGUGUAGCCUCACCCGAGCCUAAUGUGCAAAAUAUCUUAUUCUUAGCCUCAACUCCUUCGUCUUGGGAAGAUGUUAAAUUUCUCGCAUCUAAUUUUCAUUCUUUUUAUUCACAGUUUGUUUGCUGUUCUUAUGAUGCCUUCCUCUACAACAGCAGAACAACAAGGAAAAAUCCGCGACAUAAAAGCGCUUCUUCGAUGGUACGCCAACGCUCUGUCACCUAAUGAAGGAUUAGCAGGUGUCCUAAAGCCUGAUUUCCUUGGAUUUCAUCAUAAUAGCUACUACGCUUCUGCUUAUACACCACACGCCGUGCACAAGGGAGCACUCAUACAAUAUCUACUCAGCGGGACGACAUUUGCUUUGGGUGAGAAAAAAAAAAUAUCACAAGUAGCAAUAUUGAGUAGGAAAUGUUCGAAGUUACUGGUCUACAAGGAUGUUAAAACUGAAUGUCAACAUUGCCAGAGGCGGCGUUAGUAGUAUAGGGCGGACCGGUUACACCGUUCUUUAUUGCGGGAAUCUCAUUAACGUGCGGGGUAAACUAAUACAUUAACGCAAAAUGACGUAAUAGACCAAAAAAAACCUCUAGACAGUCAUUCACCUAAAAACGACCAGGAAACCUGUGAAACCCGUUAAACCACCUUAAAAUAACACUUGGUCUUAUCUUAAUGAGAUUGUCUUGAAUUUAUUCACGAGAUUAGACAAAAGGCUAUAACGUUAUCAGCGUUAAUGUAUUCACGCGAACAGCGUAACUGGUACUUACUAUAACACUGGCACGGUUUGGAAUGUUAUGAUUAAUAAACAAGCGAGUUCUAACGAUACCAUAUAAUUUCUUUUAUCCAAAGUUAUCUCAGAAUUAAAGGUGUACUAUGUUUUAUUUAAAGAUGCCGAGACAAUGCAAAACAUAAAGAAAGGACUGGAGAUAAUGAGAGUCGUUUCAGUCAAGUAUUCCUCACCGAACAGUGUUGGAGGCCGAUUUCCAGGAUUUACUCGUGCAAUUCUGGCCAAAAAUUUCCCUGGUUUUGCCUAUUACGCUGCGACUGCUCCAAAUUUCAACAGUGAUGGAUCCCUAGGAGAAAUUGUCGCCAUUGACAGUGACAACGUCAAGCCUUUUUUGCGGCUAUUUGAUACAAGUACUAGUGCCUUUUAAAUUCUUUAAUAUACUAUGAUGUGAAAUGAAUGGAAUAUUUCUUUAUUGUGGAGUAGGUAAUAGAUUCUCUCUUAACGUUUCCACAUAUGUUAGCGUUAUUUUCAACAAUUUUGGAUAAGCGGAGACUGUAUCAUUCCUUAGGUCAGAAAAUCAACAUUCACGAAGGUGUGUUGCCACAUUAAUCAAGUAAAAGCAUUUCAAUACAGCAGUUGGUCCUAAUUUUGCCUAAUAUAUCAUUGCCAAAACUAGCUUUAAGACUGACUCUAUUAAAGAGGUGAGUGAAACAAUACCAGUUGUAUCUUUCCUCUGCAGGUGAAAGUAGUGUCAAUGACUACUUGGCUGACGGAACAAUUUUCACUUCAAUUUAUUACUUGAAUUCACUUGGCUCAAUCAACAUCAUGGAAGAAAUUAAAGGCAAGGCAAUGACCAUGAGUAUCGAAGCAGAAGCUUCCCCUAAGGGAUUAUGGGCACUUAAUUACGGGGCCUUUGUCGUCCACCGACGCUUUGAUUGGGCAGUCUCUGUUAAAGGAUUUAACAGCUUUGUUUGGGACUUUGAGGCAUCGAGCAACCAAAACGUGUAUGGGAUAUACCAGAGUCACGGAGCGCUUCUAGUUGCAAACAGCGAGGCGUCUCUUAAAACUCUCGACAUCGACAACGGCUGGGACUGGACACGACAUCCGGGUACAACCACUAUCAAAUUGCCGCUCGCAGACUUGGUCAGCGGAAACCGCAGGUUUUUAUUUUGUUUAGUUUUCACCACCUUUAAUCGGGUAGUUGACAGGUCAAUCACAGUUUAGAUCUAAUCACAUGGCAAGUCACGGCAACGUAACCUUGUUUUGAGAAACUCUCAAAGUCAACUGAAAGAAUCAAAGAGCAUUUACUAAAAUCACAUCUCACAAAACUCGCAAGGAAACACUCUAGCCUUUCUUAGUCUGUGUACCGUGUGACUGGCUUUAUGCGUGAAGCGAGUUACGCACAUGACAAAUUAGUACACUGUAGUAGCUUAUCAUCCUAAGAUUCUCAAAAACUGCUUACUGAAAAAUACGAUAAAUCAAACAUGUUUUAGCCUUCCAAAAGAGUCUCUUUGACAAGUAGAAUAAUUUAAAAGAAUUUGAGGUUAAUUUGAAGACAUCAAUUAUUUUCUGAAAUCACAUGAAAACCAGAGAAGGAGGGCGUUAGGCUAGCAAAUAAUGGCACGUUGCAUUAUGGGCCUAAAGAUAUCUUUUGGGUGUAAAUUACAGUCAACCCACUCUCUAGGACGGGCACCUUUGAUGCAUGCGCAAAGUGCACGUUUAAGAGUGAUGUUCGUCUUAAAGAGAGACGAAUGAAGGGAGUAAAGAAAGGCAGGUGUUCGUUUUACCAAGUCUUGUAGACGUGUCCGUCAAGAGCGACUUGGCCGUAUAGAAAUUUAGUUUUACAAGGCUAACGAAUGCCUUCACUUGUCGUCACUUAUAGAUAUUAUCAAUCUGAGAAACUUGCUGGCGGAGUUAGAUUGGUGGGUAGUGGAGACUACUCUACAGGAAUGUUUUCAAUGGAGUUUUCUCAACCUGACUACGACUGGGAUGAUGGUGCCUAUCAAAACAACAUCGAGUUCACAUUUAAGAAGAGCGUCUUCUUUGCUGAUAAUCUUACAAUCUGUCUUGGCUCUGGUAUUUCCUCUUCGGGCAGCAACUCGCACAUCACUCAGGUAUCAUGUUUAUUACAAAAAAAAAGCAUUUCCUUUAUUUCUCUACUGAUUAAUUAAUUUAUUUUCAAAGUUUCCAAUACACAAAACGGUAGCGGUCAAACAAAAGUGUCGCCUGUAAGAUGGGGACAUCGUUUAUCCUUCCUUGAUCCUAAAGGCGACGUCGCUUGAGGGUUCUCAUUUUUUCAUGAGAACCAGAAUUCUUACUUCUUCAAGAAUAAUUUAAUUUAAGGCUACCGAAUACCUUCAGAUCGGAGUAUGACUUCAUUAUCAAAGAAAAAAUUAACGAAAAAGUAGGUAUUUGCGAAGCGUUUAAAAACUUUUCAUGAGCCAAACCUAACUCGAAUAAGGCCAAGCCAAAUGAUUUAGAUCGGCUGAAUUGAUUCAGUCGCCGAUCGUAAUUCCAGUCGAACUAAAUUUAAAAAGGAGAAAAAUGCUCAUUUCGGUCAAACUGCUUGCAAAAUACUUUAAAAUAAUUUAUACAUUAGGUUCGGCACAUGAAAAAUUCGGCGUCUGAACCAGUAGCGGAUCCAGGGAAGGGGGCCGGGGGCCCGCCCCUCCUCAGUUUUAGAGCAAACUAUUGAAACCCGCCCCCCAACCCCUUAUCCCCUCCCCUUAAUAGCCCAUUUUACAGUUAUGGGUGGAAGGGAGGCUGACGUUGACCUUGUUUUGAUACAAACCUUCCUGCCUUAUAAAGUAACUCAAGUUAUUCUUAUUCUAACAAGUAUUCUUCAAGGACAAUUUCCAUAACAAAGCAAAGGAGGUUUGAAUCGAAACAAGGUCACCGUCAGCCUCACAUUCAUUCGAAGGCUAGGGUACUAAGUCCACAACUGUGAAAUGGUCUAUUGAAGGUGUGGAUCAGCCACUGUGAGCUGGACUUUACAUUUGAAUGGAAAACAUGCAAUUAAAAAAUAUCGGGGAUCUUUCUUAUUCCCAAAAUGUUUUUGUUAAUUUUAUCGAUAAGCAAAAGAAAUGUUUUUUGGCAACUGAAUGCUAUAAUGACAUUUCGAGCCAUACAAACAUGUAAAGAGACUGUACAAACAGUUUUGUUUUUACUUUUUCUUUGCUGGACAGACUUCUUUGUUUCAAGUCAAGUUGCUGGACUCAAAUAAUCCAUCAUCGAUCCGCAUAAAUGAUUCAUCGCACUCUCUCAAUACAGACGUAACUAGAGAACCUUCAUUCUUUGACGGAACACUGCCAGCCUCUCUGUAUGAUGUAAAUGGUAAUUGUCGUGUUCAUACAUAUUUCGUCCUGUUUAGUGCAAAUAAUCUGUAACGAUGAUGAGGGCCGAGGAAUAACGAGGAAUUUGUCGUUCACAGCAAACGGAUGUGAUGACCACGAGACCACAUUACCAUUUUCUUGGCUGUUUAUUGGCUUAAUGUUAGUCAUUACCCGUCCACGUUUAAAGUAACGUGAAGAGGAGUGUUUUCACGUUCAUAAAAAACGCGAGUGAGAAAUUCACUAAUCCAUCGAAGUUUCCUGUUUUCCCUAAAGCGUGCGCUGUUGGAGAGAACAUGACAACUUUAAAUAUUUUUUCUGUUUUAACCAUCUUAUCUCUUUCAAUAGUGCAGUGCAGUAGACGUAAAAGUCAAAUCACAUAUCAUCAAAUUCAAAUUUUCAUAGAGCUGCUAACCUAUCUUACAAAAACACUGCGCAGAUUAAGAGUGCAGUGUAUGAGUUUCUUGUCCGACUAUUGACCAUCACUACUGGACGUUUCAGUUAACAUACUGUCCUUUUCGUAAAGCAUUAGUCUAUUGUGUAUUUAUUUAGUCUUUUUAAUCUAUUUCAUUACUAUUUUAGUUUAGUUACGGGCACUGUCACCAUACUGAUAUAUCAAACACUUGUAAUGACGAUAAUUUCAUUGCUGUUUGUUACGUUUGUAUCAGGAAAUGGUUAUUACAUUCCUAACGCGAAUGAACAAGGACUAAAUGUUAAAAUCAGUCUCCAAACGUCCAGGGACAAUAGAGGAAGAAAGGACACUUCAGCAAGAUAUGCAACAGCAUGGCUUGACCAUGGAGUAAAUCCAACUAACAAAGGCUAUGAAUACGCAAUUAUCGUGGGUACAAAACCACGCACUAUUCAGGUAAAUAUGUAGACAUUCACUGCAAAUUUGACCGCUGAGUGUUAUUAUUACGCUGGCAUGUUUUUGGUGGAAAGGGCCUUUGAGAUGUGUUGUUAGCUACAAUGCAACUGCAUGGCUGAUAAUUUUUUCUUCACAGAUGCGAAUUUAAUUCGUACAAAUAUUUCUUUCCAACAAGGCUACCUGACGGUAAACUUUUUUAUCCCGUUGCGAUAACUUUGUAAAUCAAAAACGCAAAAUAGGAAUUUUUCAAAGAAAAACUUGUCAAGGAACCAAUCGCAGAUCUGAAGUGAAUGAAGGCUGGUGGCAUUUGUGCUCAAAAGAUGGGUUGGCUUGCUUUUCUCUUUUAUAGUUGUUUCCUGGACAACAAGCGGGGCAAUUUAUAGCAAGUGGCUUUCCCCCGGCAUACGAAGUAAUUCACAAGGACAAUAAAGCUCACGCAGUAAAGAUCAAUGACUGCCCAAGAAAAAACGACACUCAGUGGGGAUAUGCAUUCUUUGACAAAUCUGUUCGCACUCCUGGUCCUGUAAGACGGGUUACUAAGGUAAAUUUAUAAACAUUUUUUUUCGACACGGCUUAUUCCGGGAUGUUUGUGGUGAAUACUUUAACUCUCUGAAAGGAAGGAGUGGUAAAGAACAGGGCUGACAAGGGACCAUAACAGUAACAUUAUAGUGAUAUUCGCCAUAUAGCACCUCCACAAAUAAACUACACUUGCAAUUCAAAAGAAUUUUAAGUAUCUUAACUAUCUAAACUACACCAUUAUUGAGAAUGAUGAUUGUUUCAGAGAGCGACACAGGUGGCUCAGAAGAAAAUCUCAACAGGAGAAUAACCUAAGACUCUCUGGUGACUAGUCCAGAUGCUCUACCACGGAGCUACAGGAGACUUAUGGGAGCUGAGGCCGAUAAACUAGGCUCAUGUGACAAACAUCCUGCAUAUUGCGAGGACUGGAAUGCCGAUUAUGCAGGCGUUAUUACAAAAAAAAUGGCAUUGAAAGUUGUGCGUCAAUAAUGGAUUUUCGCAUUGAUUUCUAUUACCUACACCAAGACUUUGAGGACACCCAACGAUACACUUCUGCUUUCCAAACGUCUCCACUUUUAAGAGCGUUUCCGAAAACCCCAAAUGUUUCGGUGUAGACGGAAGACCAAACGAAUAAAAAUGUGAGCGGGUUGCUGAGGUGUAUUUUUUUCCCACAGCACCCUUGUCUUGUGAUGUUUGAAGAAGACGACGAAGACAACGUGUACGUUUCUGUGUCGUACCCAAAUCUAAAUUUCAACAUCAGUGAACCUUUGACGAUUGGAAGCCGUGUCAAUGCUCAGCAACGGUUUUACUCUGUCAGCAUGUCAGAGGAUAUUGAGGUAGGCAUAUGAAAAUGAAAACCAUUGUAGCAGUUUGACCCGGACUAGCCUGCAGUGCUGAUACACAACUCUUCCAGCAGUGCCAGAUCCAGACCUUCAGAUAAGGGGAGAGGGGGGGGGUCAUCCAGACCUUGAGGUAAGAUAGGACUAGCCCUCAGUGCUGACAUUAACUCCAGCAGUGUGUUCAGGAAUUACCUGCAGCGCUGACAUCAACUCUCCAGUGUGUUUAGGAAUUGCCUUUAGCGCGCUGACAUCAACUCUACCAGUGUGUUCAGGAAUUGCCUGCAGUGCUAACAUGAACUGCAACAGGGUUUUUAGGUCUAGCCUUUAGUGCAGGAGUAAUGAUUGUUUGGGCAUCAGGGCAGUCAGUAUUUCAUUCCUGCAAUGAGCAUUUGUGAUUUUGACACGCAGUGGAAGAUUGGGAAAAGCAACAUUAAAACAGUACAGUGAGUAAAAAGUGUUGGAUGGAAGAUAAAAUCUUAAACAAAAUUUCUUGGUGAUUAUUUACCUCGGUUUUCAGUUCAUCGUCUCCAAGUCUGGCAUGAAUAUCCAGGUUUUAAAUGGGAGGAUUCUAGACAUUGUCAAUGUUUGUAUUAUUACAAUUUUAAUUGCAUGUUGCUAGAGUGGGCUUUUUCUUUUUUUGGGCAUCAGAAAAGCCACAUAACAUUUGUUAAAGCCAAGAGCCACAAAUGAAUAAAACGUUUUGUUAAAAACCUUCUUUUUGAGAAUCUCAAUCACUUACUGGACUGGACCACGUGACUUACCGAGUGCCAUCUUCUUUGAGUUCUUGCUUAGAGUUAAUUCUUGUUUUUUUCUAUUUUACUAAAAGAUACACAACAUUUCUUAAACCACAUUAUAUUUUCUUUGGUUAUUCUGUAUUAGGUAUUUUUCCCAGAAGAUGUCGAGGUCAGUAUCGGUGAUGUCAGGGUGAACGGUAAAAUUGUACCACAAGGUGAAAGAGGUGAUCAUGUAGAGGCCAUUCCCAGAGGAAUGGAUCCUAACAGCACAAUAUCACGCCGAAUCAAGUUCAAAGGUCUGUCUAAAGGAUUCAGUAAAGAAGUGAAACUCAGGAGACCCUCUAAAAAAGGCAAAAAAUGA